AUGUUCUUUUCUAAUCUCUUAAUUUUGGGGGUUGCGGCCGUUGCGACUGUGUCGGCGAGAGCUAUUGGGGAAGUGAAGCCUUGUCGAACCAUCCACGAUUUCAUUCUCUGCUUUGACCUCGAGAUCUUCAUCAAGAUUCCUGUCCGUCUCGGCGCAUUCGAGACCAUUGGAAGCAGCAACAACACCUUCAUCUCUACUCUCCUCCAAACCACCCAACUAACAACCCUCACAGCCAAAGAUCCUUCUACCUCAUCACAACCUCAAUGCGCCUUCCACCCCCACAACCACCUCACCCACGAAAUCUCCCAACGCCCCAUCACCCCUUCUUCCUACACCAACAUCCCCUCCCACGCCUGGCCACACAUCUCGUCCCUCCUGCUCUCGCACUCCAGCUCUCUCACCAGCGGCCCUCCCCUCGCCAAAAACAGCGUCCAGACGCUCCGUCUCUCGUCUCUGACCAACGACGUGACGCUCGAGAGCGUCGUACUGGGCUUAGUCUUCACAGCGCCGGAAAACGAGGUCGGGAAUCUGGAGUUGAGAGAUCUGUCUUCGAACAAGAUGGCGGAGGAACUGGUAGGUGAGAUGCAGGAGGAAGGCGAGGAGAGGAAGUGUGUGCAGGAUGCUGUUAGGAGGGUGGAGGGGGAGAGGCAGGUUGAGGGGGUGUUGGAGAUGAGUGGGAGGGGGAAGAUGGGGUUUUUGGUUUAUAGGGUUGAUUGA